UUCCUUUUCAUCAUCAUCACAUCAGCUUUUGUAGGCUAUGAGCGCUAUUGCUGCUCGGCGAGCACGUCUGGCAGCAGCUGCUCAAGCAUCCUUAAGCUCAACGCCGGAGCCUUUACCAAUCAGUGAAAAGGGAAAAGAGGCAGCAAGUGGAACAUUGAGCAAUAACAGCAGUGAUACAAAGAGGCUCAGCAACGCCAUCAUAAGUGAAGAAAGCAGUAGUGCGGAUGAAAGACGCAGAGGAGAUAAGAAAGGAAAGCGGAUAAAAAUUGCGGAAGAUGACGCUAGAAAACAGGACAACUUGCCCAACAGUAGCUACGAUAGCGCAUACACACACAAUGGAAGUGGAACAGAUGUUCGACAGACUAGAAAUGAUGCAGAGGUCAUACUGUCAAAGGUGACAGAAAGCAGCAAGUUCACGCCCAUAUUGGAGGGAGAAGGCAAAAAUGUACACCUUGUCACCAAGAAAAGUGCAAUUUGUGCAUUGGAAGUGGGCGAAACGAUGAACUUGCUCGGUCGUGGUACAGUGAAAGUACUGGAUGGUUCUGCAUCAUUAGGUGGUGCCCUUCUCUCAUCUCAACAUCGGGAAGCACUUGUUCUAGCCUCUACAGUAUCGCCAUUACCAGUAUUGGAAGCCAUCGGAACGACAUCCGCACCAGCCCAAUUGAAGCAAUAUGGAUUCGGUCUGGCGCGCAAUUAUGCCGCCGUCAUUCAAGUGGAAGAAGACAUUCCUAGCAGAGUGGGGGAAUUGCAUUCAAUUUGCACUCAGAUUCCUAAAAAUGCCUUUGAAGUGUCUUCAUUCUAUCAUCCAUCUUGGCCUUUGGCAUCUGUUGGUCCGCAGUAUACACAAAGUAAGGCGUUGCUGCACGUACAUGUACCAAAUGCUUGGAAAAGGGUCCUAACAGCAACCGAGGAGCUCUUGCAAUAUGGUCAGACUCUUCCACCAACGUUUCUCGUAAGAGGGCCGAAAAGAGUUGGCAAAUCAACCUUGAGCCGCUUUCUGUUGCAGAGACUUUUGACAAAACACGAAGGACAAGUUGCCUACCUUGAAACGGAUUUAGGUCAAUCAGAGUUUAGUUUGCCCGGUAUGGUGUCUCUGCAUGUCUUCGAUUCAGCAUGGCAAAAAGAGGAAGGGUCAACACCUCUACUCUUCGCGCCCAGUUGGGCAAGUAUUCGACAACCUGUCAAUGCUCACUUUUUGGGUGAUUACAGCCCGAAAAACGAUCCGGGCAGAUAUAUCGCAGCAAUUCAGAAUUUGUUGACAUCUUACAGGAAUCAUUGGGCCUCGCAAGGUGUGCCUUUGAUCGUCAAUACUCAAGGCUGGGUCAAGGGAUUGGGAGCACAGCUAUUGUCGCAAAUUGAAGCGCUUGUCGAGCCAUCACUGAUACUCAAUAUCUCAGAGGAAGUAGAUAUGAAUGACGCAGAGGAAUUCCAAGAUGCACCACUACCUCGCAUCGUUACAUUGGAAGCUUCUCCGUCAUUAUUUACGAGAGAGAGGAGUAUGAAUGCGGUAGAAGCUCGAUCUUUGAGUAUCAUUUCCUAUUUCUAUGCCUCAAACUUACCCGCAACGGGUAAGGACAUCCUUCCUUCUUGGUCCACAUCAAAAGGCAUAUUGGAACGGCCGCCGUUUAGCAUUAAGGUUUCUACUGGUCUCAAGGGUGGUAUACAUAUCUUGGAUCAUGGUGCUUGCGUAUCAGAAAGGCUUUCGCUGAUGGCUUUGAACGGAAGCUGUGUAGCUGUUGUCAUCAGUCGUGACGAUGGGCAGGAUGAUCAAGACGAGUCUACUCAGUCUUCACCUUGGUCUACUGCUCUACGAAAGCAGUUCCCCCCACAUGACGCAAGUACAUGCAUUGGGUUGGGCAUCGUUCAAUCUAUAGACGUUGCCAACGGGUCGCUUAAUCUGAUCUCUCCAAUAUCAGAGUUCGUCAUUCGGUCUGCAGCGAGAGCUUUGUAUGGGGGAGAUGAGAACUCCCAUUCUAUCAAGAUGUCGAUCAUCAAAGGAGCAGUUGAUAUACCCGUCUGUCUGUCUCUAGAUCGUGCAGUAUUGAAUUCGCUCAACAGUUCAAAUACUGACCAAAAUAUACCCAGAGGUGUUGCUAAUGUUGCAUUCGCAGAUGUGCCUUACCUAGACUUUGAUGUCAAUACAGCCGAAGAAGAAGUUGUGAUUGAUAUGAAAAAGCGUAGGAUAAGACGCAAUCUUCUUCGACCUAGUCAAAGGAAAGGAUGAUCUGAAUGCCUUGUACUUCUAUACACAAACAUAAAAUUGUAUUAUACAUUUAGCAUUUGUAUUGCAAUAAUUGUACAAUAGAUCUGGUAUCAUCAAUCCGUUUUUAUGAUAUGCAUAACAACAGACCCGCCAAAGACAAAGAUUGUCAAGAAUAAAGUUG